AUGAACUCCAAGAAGGCCACCGGGGAGGCGCCGGCGACCUGGCAGAUCCUGGGCAAAGAGCGGGAGGUGACAGGGUGCGCAGGACUGCCGGCUGUAGGGAACCUGCCUGUCACCUGGGGAGGGCGCCCUCCAGGCUUUCCCAAUCCGCGCAAUCCUUUGCUUGCCAUCUCGCCGGCGGGGACCCCUCUGGAAGGGAGGCAAAUCGGCUCUCCCCAGCCCGGGACCAAGGACGUAAGUGGACCCCGCCCCGGCGCUCCCAAGCCGCCCGUGCCCCGCCCCUCAGCCUCGGCCCCUCCCACCCGCUGGGCGGCCCGCCCCCAACGCCGGUUCCCACCCCCUCCCUUUCCGGGGAGGAGAGGAGCGCGGAGCUGGGGGCGUCGGGGGCGCUUUACGGUCUCUCCGCUUUCCGUCUUUCCGUUCUCUGACGGGGGACAGCGGGCCGAAGGUGGUCGUGGCCGUGGCGGAGGUUGGUGGCCGUGGCGGCCGUUCCGGCUUCUAGGUCUUUUCACGCCUCAGCGAGUGGCGACCGUGCCCGGCGGGAGACCACGGGCGUGGUGGCUGCAGCCCGGCCGCCUCGGUGCUUGUAGCCCCGGGUCUGUCGCCAACUCGGGCCGUGUCGGGCCGUGUAGGGAGAAGCCUCCGCGGCGAGCCUGCUGCCCUCCCACCCCGGGGCCUGGCAGCGUGGCCCUGUGGCCCCAGGCCCCUCCCCACUCCUCCCCCAGCAGGAGUUGGUCCUUCGGGGAGCGACUUUACCUGGAAAGGACCUGCUGCUUCCAGGGACGGGGCAGGGGGACAGAAUAUAUGGCCUGGCCUUUGCACAUCUGUGCAGAGAAUAACAACUACUUAGAGAUUUCCAGUUUGAAGAGGACCUGGUUCUCGUAAGAUCUGAUUCUUGGCAGCAUCCGUGAAUUGUAGUCAAGCAAAUAAUAUCUGUGCUGACUGGGUGAAGCGUAGAUGGCCACCUUAGACCAUCACUCUGGCAAACCUAAAUGAAGUCCUGGGAGCUCUGGACCGUUCAGAACUCUGUCCUUGGUGCUUUUUGGAGACCCUGACUUUCCUCAA